AUGCCGCUCAAGGCCAGCGACAUCUCCAAGGUCCGCAACAAGGACGUGCGGUCGCAGCUCGUCCAGAAGCGCAAGAAGGAGCUCCGACAGGCAAAGCUCAAGCGCCGCAUCGAGCGCAAGGAGGCAGAGGCGCGUGGAGAGCAGGUCGAGAAGGGGAUUCCUCGGACGAUUGAGAACACGCGGGAAUGGCUGGGCGAGGACGACGAGUACGAGGAUGCACGGACACGACCAGCGCCCGUGACGGUCAACGACGAAACGGGCGACGUGACGGUCGACAUGGGUUCCCUCUCGAACCUCUUUCCUACCGCCGCUCCUCCCGAAGCUUCGACCUCCGGCCUUCCUCCGCCUCCUGAACCCAAGGUGCUCAUCACAACGAGCCCGGGAAAGCCGCCUGCGCCGUUCACGAAGGGAUUCCUCGAGGACUUGCAGGCUCUCCUGGGUGGGAAGAAGCGGGCGGACGUCGUCCCCCGCAAGAGCCCCAAGUUUGAGCUGUCGAGGGUUGCGCGGUGGGCGAGGAAGAGGGGCUACGGCGCGAUCAUGGUGGUCGGAGAGGACCACGCCAAGCCGACCACUUUGACCGUCUCUCUGCUUCCCUACGGUCCUACUGCGUGCUUUCGCCUGACCGGCAUCACGCUUUGCAAGGACAUUCCCGGCCACGCCAAGCCGACUUCGCACCCUCCCGAACUCGUCCUGAACCACUUCGCCACUCCCCUCGGUCUCUCUCUCGCCACGCUCCUCUCACAACUCUUCCUCCCACCUUCACACGCCGAGAUCCUCCAACGACAAGGCUUCCAAGGCCGCCAAGUUGUCCUCGCGCAAAACUCGCGCGACUUUGUCUUCAUUCGUCGAUACCGUUACAUGUUUGCGCUCAAGUCUCACCGGCUCGGAAAGACCAAGAAGCGAGUUGAUGUCGCGGCGAUGACGAAUGGGGAUCCGGAGGGCGAGGCGGACGACACGAUCAAGACGAGGUUUCAGGAGAUUGGGCCGCAGUUUACGCUCAAGAUGAGGUGGAUCCGGAGGGGACCGUUGGGAGAGACGGGGGAUGAGCGGACUGCGAGGGAGAAGUACGAGGCUGAGACGGGCGAGCAGGCGGACGAAUUUGGUGCGCAGCCGGAGGGCGACGACGAUGAGGUAUUCGGAGAGGACGGAGAGGGGAUGGACGUUGAGGCAGACGAGGAGCAGGAUGCGGCGGACGAAGACGCGGCGAAGCGGGAGAUCGGACUCGACGUCGCAGACCAAGCCGGCCAGCCCAACUUCCCGGCCGCUCCCGCCUCGACUGACGCCAACGCCGACGCAUCUACCUCAUCCGCCGCACAACCAUCCGCGAACCCGAAGAAGCGACCUCGCGAGAAUCGCGUGCGCAAGAAGCCCUUCCACCCGCUCAACAACCCGCCGCCCGACUCGGAGUCGUCGCCCGAGCCUGAGGAGGUGCCACUCCCCACGAUUGGCAAGAAGAAGAACAAGGAGCUGCAGAGUGCGCUCAGUACGGUCGGCGACACUUGGCAUGCUGGCAAGGGCGAGGGAGGCGUGCGCGAGGGGGCAAAGAAGCGCGAGUGGGAGUGGCAUGCCCGCAUGCAAGUCUCGCGUCGCAAGUUCUUCCUUUGA